GUGACUAGCAACUCUAAACAAAUGACUUGAGAUUUUGACACCAGUUUCCUUACUUUUCUCAACUGUUUACAGACCCAAAAUCCAUAAUUUGGGACAUUUGAUUACUGAUGAUAUAAUGGAUAUAGGUGGCGGCAACCUGGAAGCUUUGGCUGAAGAAGAUGCAGAGAAUGAGAACUGGGAUGUCGAGUCUGAAGAUAGUGAUGAUGGUCUUGAUGGAGGCAUUCGAGCUCAAGAACCCAACAAGUUUGACAGUCUGUGUGAUGGGGUCCUCAAUGCUAUGGCACUGGUGCAUGCUGGCUUAUCAGAGUUCCUUGAAUUCAAAGACGAAAUCUUGGUGCAUUCUCUUCCACCAAAUGUGCUCCUCAGAAUGGGAUUGGUCUCUGGGAAGGUCUUUAGGAGUGUGAGUGAUCUGCACAUGCCAAUGAAUGAGUUAAUCAGGAUGGUACGUGUUUACUCCACGCCGUGGGAAGAGAAGAGUGCUGCAUUGAAAAAGUUGCACGAGGACUAUGAAAACAAACAAAGACAACUGGGGAUUGCUGUCAGACGUCUGCAGAUGAUUGACACCAAUGCGAAGCGAAAUGCCAAAGAACGUCGAAUAAUGAACUGGGAGAAACUGUUUGCUAAAAUGACAAGUGCUAAAGGUCAUGGUCGUCGGUGGAAGUUCAUGAUCAAAACUUUCAAGGACAAAGCAAAAGAUGGUUUUGAGCAUGUGAAAGAAUAUGUCGAUGGCUUAUCAGAUGAUGAGGGAGAAUCUGAAGAUGACCAUCUGCUUGAAGACCUGGAGACAACAUGUGCCGAUAAAAAUGUCCAGAUUCUGGAUAUGAACGCCCUAUCAGACUCCUCAUCAUUCCACUCGGACGAAGAAGAAGCAGAAGCCAUGUCGAUUGCUGGCAGUCGCGAUAUACAGUCAGGAUCAUCACAUAAGAGAGUACACUUUGAUGAAGAGUCUGCCCCGGAAAUGAUAACGAUAAAAAAACCAGAGAUGGAAGACAAGGGAACCUGGACCAAUGAACCUGAGUUCGAUCGUUGUCUAAACUUCAGAGUCCAUAAGCCACAGGGUCUUGAUGUACGAGAUAUCAAGUGUGUCGUAACAUAUGGAAAGAGGUAUUUCAAGACGAACAAUUUAGAUAUUCGUGUUGAUAUUGAGGAGCUCAGGAAGACGAUGGUGAAGCCUGUGGAUAAGGAUUCACCGGCGCCAAAGAAAGGAGGCAGGCUGAUUGGAACGAGAGGCAAAACACAUGCUGCUAUGAAGGCCGAGCGAGACAAAGAAUUACAAGACAGGGAUGCUGAUCGACAAAGGCUGGAGGAAGAGAAGAGGAGACUGGAGGAAAGAGGAUUAUCUGAAGACUUUGAAUUGACCGUUGCUGAUGAACUACCAAAGGGCGUGUCUGAAGACCUGGCCCCUCAUGUUGACCCCCUACGAAUUGCAGUUCAUCAUGGAAAUAAGGAGGAACUUAUUGCAAUGGCGACGAUAGAGUUAGAAGACUUAGAGAGUUGCGAUCUUCCUAUUUAUUACAAAGACUCUCCAGUUGGUGAUGACCCCUUCCCCGAAGAUCCUGCGCAGAAGUCCUAUGUUAGUUUUGCAGAAGACAGUGGACUGGAUGAUGAAUUACGAUCUGAAACAAGCUCAACUACUGGCCGACCUCAAGUAAACUCUGAUGGUGUGCAUCUGAAAUUCCCACUCUACACUGUGAAAGGCCGAGGGGAUGCUGCUCAUCAACCAGUCGGACAAAUACCUUUGACGCUAAAGUGGGGAAAGAUGUUACGACCCAAGACAUUUAAUCGAACUUCUGAAACGAUGACAGUAAACGAGUUGGUACAUGAUCUCACUGGUAUUGACCUCGACAUAACCUCGAAGGAAGACAUAAUGAAACCACCUUCAGAGAAGACAGAACGGGCAUUAUCAGCUAUUGACAUCCCAGUACCCACGCCCACGCCUGAGCCCGUUGAGGAGGUGGAGGAAAUGGUCUUGAAGUCUGAGUAUAAUGAAAUGGUGGGAAAAUAUGACCAGCAGAUGCAGCUACUGCAGGAAGAAUACGAGUCAAGGCUACAGGAGCUUGCUGAAAGUAUUGAGAGCAUGCAGCUACAAGCGCAAGACGUCCUCUUACAAGAAGGCAUGAAGACCGCAACCCCGGAAAGCAUUCAUGGCCGCCAUUCAUCGCAGUUUUCAAGGUCACCUUCGGCACCAUUUAAGCCAGUUAGAAUUCGCCGAGCCCCCCAGCCUCCUUCUGAACCAGCUCAGCAAGGGAACAGGAAGAACUUCAAGAUUGGGAGGCCGCUGCCGAAAUGGGGAGAAACUCUACCUGGUGACUUCUUUGAGAGGCUGAAGCUGUUCAAUGAAGAGAGUGAGCUACAUCGACAAGAGAUAGCGGAGAAGAGACAACAGGAAGUCUAUGAUGACAAUGAGAAGAAAUUGACAGCUGAGUUCAAAAUAGCUAAGCCAGGAGAGGAGGAGUACAAUGAAAUGCAAGAUGUGAGCUUGCCUGCCCUGUUCAUGCCAAUGAGAAAUGGUGCUGGCGUCUACAACCCGAGAGCUCAUCAGUACUUUCAGGCGUCUGGAUCAACAGGUGUGCGAUUGACCCAGCCGCCAUCCAUGAUGAUGUUGCCACCUAUACCUAAUCAUAAACUUUCAGUGGUCAAUCUCUUUGACAUCAGCAACAACUUCACCCGUUCUGGCUCUGAUUGGUUAAUGCAGCGAUUUGUACAAGAUCAGGGCAGACGCAAGGAUGGGACGCCGCAAACCCCAGCACCAACGGUGGCAGGCAAAAGGGCCAAUAUGGCUAAAUCAGCGGAGGUUGUCAUUGGGGAGAGGACGAUUGAAAUGAAACCUGUGCCACCACUACAGGAAGUUGAAAAAGGUCCAAGUCGAUGAUCUGGACAUGACUUUGUGUGGAUUAGUUGGACAGUCUUGAAUUUAGAAACAAAAAUGCCAACAGCUCACAAUGCCUGAUUUUGAGUUUGCUGUGCUGUGGCAAUCAGGCCUUUCACCAAUGGAGAGCAUGUCCUCCAGGGAAUAUCAUUGCUAUCCUCUGUGAAACCGGCCUUUCACCCAUGGGUAGCUUGACAAUCCUCUGUUAACCAGGCCUUUCACAAUAACUGUCUGAGAACCAAGUACUACUAUUGUCAGUUUAGACCUGUGAUUAUGAAUAUUGGUAAAAAUAGUGGGUUGAUAUCAUUACAGUUGUGAGGCCAAUACAAUUGCAACGCAACAUUGAAGUUAUCCACAGUAUGCUAGAUGGAUUAUUGUUCAAGAAUUGCCCGAUUAUUGAAAUUGAAAAUCACAUGAUUUAUCAUUACUGUCCCUUCGCUUUAGAUUGGUACUAUUUUUAGUGACCUUAUACUUUCUACUAAAACAAGGAGUGAAACCGUCCAACUAUAUUUUAGAUCUGCUAUGUUUAACUUGUUACAUAUUGAAAGAAUCAAGUGGUGCGAUAAUGUAUGAAUAUAUUAUCAAAAUAGUAAGCUCACAUGUACAUCUUUAAUAUUACUUUGCAAAAAGAGUGAAAUAUUUAAAGCCAAUAUUUUAAGAACUGUACACAUUUUUAGUCAUUUAGGAAUUUUAUUGAUUAUGUAUGAUUAUGUGAUAAUGUAUAUAGAUUGUUUAUUGAGAUCGAGU